AUGAUCUGGAAGCUAUCGCCAGUGGUCAAGCGCGCCAUCGGUACUCGGGCUGUCGUUAAUGCAAGACUCACACCCCACUUUUCGGCAGGUCUUUCAUCACGUCAGACUCCCGGCGCGAGUCCUGCGCAUCGUGAUCAUCAAGUGCAAUAUGGGGCCGAAGAAGGCGCACGUAGCCAAGAAGGUGCUGCCAUCGUACCACAGUCGACUCAUGCUCACGGAGUGGAGGAGGAAGCCGCGAACACCAAAUUGAAAGCCACUGGGCCCAAGCCGAUGACAAUCGAAGAGAGGGACGCAGCACUCAUGCAGAAGUUCCUUGAUCGUGAAGGCGGCACUGCAGGAUUUGGUAUGGGCUGCGAGGAGUGGAAUGGCGCGAUGGGAACGCAGACCAGGAAUAACAUGUUCCGUGAUGUGCCGUCAUGA